GAGUUUUUUGUAUAACUAGUGUAUGACAGAUCACGAACGAACGGUCAUUGCCUUACCAUCUUUUUAUUAGUUAUUCAUCUAUAUUUCUCACGUAGACUGCGUCCAAAAAAUGAGCGAAAGUGAAAACAGAAAUGAAGAGGAUAGGCCGCAGCCUCAACCGUCAACGGGACUUCACGUGCUUACAGCACACAUUAAGCGAAACAAAAUCGACUUCGCCCUUUGGUGCACCCGGUUCGCCACAAUCAUCUUCACCUUUAACUAUCUAAUCCCAAUAUUUGGGUCGGGCUACAAUAUGUACUAUAAAGCUCUGCUGGCUAAUUCCGCAACAAGUGCCCUACGUCUUCAUCAAAGACUUCCACAAGUUCAGCUGAGUCGAGAGUUUUUGGGAAAAGUGUUUCUAGAGGAUAGUGCUCAUUAUCUCCUUUAUUCAAUGAUAUUUUUCUAUUCUCCUCCUGUCACAUGGGUUUUGCUGCCAGUAUUUCUUUUUGCACUACUCCACAUUUCUAGCUAUUCUUUAGGCCUGAUUGAGCUAUUGGGCCCAAAUGCCUUAGGAUUGGUGAGGAUGGCUAUUGGAAUUGUGGAAGUACAAAGUGUCAACCUUUUGAGAACUAUUGCCUCUUCUGAAAUAUUCCUAUUUCCCUUGCUGCUUCUCUCUUUUUUCAGUGGUCGCGCUACGCUCAUGACGCUGUUCGUGUACUACAGGUUUCUUACAAUGCGUUAUUCGUCUAGACGUAAUCCCUACACGAGGAAUACUUUCGGCGAACUUCGCAUUCUUGUCGAAAGCUUCGCACAGAACCCAUCUUGUCCAACAGUUAUCCGUAAUCUAGUAUCUAAGUUGGUCGCUCUUAUCUCCCGGCUUGCUCCUCCUAUUAUAACUGCAGAACAACAAUAACAGAUAUUGCGAUUGCGAUAUGGGUGUCUAUGCCGCCUAAAAAAAUUGUCCAUGCCCUUUUGUUUUUAUCUAGUUUAAUCCAGUAGAUGUUUGGUGUACUUCCUUAAUGUAAGUGUGAAGAAUAAAUUUUUUCUAUAAAUGUA